CCGGUGGGGUGUUCACUUUUCGCCGUGGCACCGCAUAAGAGAGCGGGUGCAGCGUUUGUCGCCAUAUGCUUCAAAAUGCAAUUCUCAAACUGGCAAAAACAGUGACACAGUUUAUGUUCAAAUGUACUCAAUCUAUUUGUGAUUGGGUGCAUGUUGAUCUCGUGGCAAAUUUGUUUGUCUUCUUUUUUUUCCACUUACCGCUCCUUUCAUUUUAUGACAGAAUGCCCCCCCCCGCACCCCCCCAAAAAAAAACAUCCCAUCAAAGUGUACAGUUUGCCAAUAUUUUAUUCAUAUUGUCAAGUGUUCUUUUGUGAGCACAUGAGCACAGAGAGUGUUUCGGGUGCAGGAUGUUUUUCUGGUUCCUGUUUCACAUGAGCAGGUGGCGUCCCAGAGGUGCCGCCCGAAGACAUGUUUGGAAACUGAGAAAGCUUAGCUUGACUGAAAUGAAGUUUCUGGCAUGACAACUGCUUUGCAUCUGUCUUAUAGGCAAAAAAAAAAAAAAACAUGCUUCAUUUAUAUCACCAUAUUUUACAAAUACAGCAUCGUUUAAAAAGAAAUCUUAUAUGAGAUUGAUGAAUGUUAACUUUUGUUCGGGGGGGAUUUGUUUGAUGAUUAGAAUUCUUUUGGUUUUUUUUCCUGUACUAUGUUUAAAAUGUCGACUCUCUGAUUCUGUCAAGCUAUUCGAUGCGUUUUUUUAAGUACUUUCUGAAUCACUCACUUAAUGACUUGCUUUAAGUGGAUCGCGAAAAGUGUCUAUUUUAUAAAUCCAUUUGAAGUACCGCGUAAACAGUCAACGAAUAAAUAAAUCUAAUGUGCUUUGUUGGUGAUGUCAAAGUGGUUUCCGUCUGCAUACUGUUUGCGAGCGCGAUCAAUGCGGUUAUGUAAAAAGAUAUAAAAGUGAUUGCAGGACUUAGCGGUCUGAUGCAGAAUCUGAAUCAAAAUCCGGCAUGUCAAGACCAUCUCAAUUUAAGCUGAUUUGAAAUUUGCGUCAUUAUUUAGGUUUUUAACAGAUUAUAUGUGGCGUCUUGAUAGAAAUGACUAUUUUCACAUCACGUUUUUAUUUUAAAUAAAUACACCAGGAUUUACAAUCCAAGCAAAGUUAUCAUGUAUCUUCUGUGGAAUUGUGCUCUUUCGAAAAAGCCUCAAAAGCGCACGUGAAUGUGCCCCGUAUAUGUAAGUGUGCAUCAUUAAGCCCGUAUUUCUCUUCCAGAGCAAAGCGGCAGAGAUAAUCCGUCAGAGACUUCAUCCCUCCUCUCGGACAUGCACACAUCACUCGUGAUGACAUUUUACACUCAUGUACGGCUGCCCGCACUCUCCGUAAAGACGGCAUACAUGCAUACGUACAUACGUGCCAUCGUGCAUCCUACAUACGUUUAGACUUCUUAAACGCAAGCAGAGACAGCAUGAGCCUGAAACAAGCUUGCAUCUUCCUCCGAGGGGGGAAAAACCGACAAAGAGAUCUCACUCACGAUGAGGUUGAAGAGUUACGUGUGGCUUUUGUGGAGUUUGACAAAGACAAAGAUGGCUUCAUUUCCUGCAAAGACUUGGGCAACCUGAUGAGGACGAUGGGCUACAUGCCAACUGAAAUGGAGCUGAUCGAACUGAGCCAAAACAUCAACAUGAACCUGGGAGGACGGGUGGACUUCGAGGACUUUGUGGAACUUAUGAGCCCCAAGCUCCUGGCUGAAACUGCAGGCAUGAUCGGCCUCAAAGAACUGAAAGACGCUUUUCGAGAGUUUGAUAUCGACGGCGAUGGUUCGAUCACGUCGGAUGAGCUGAAGCACGCCAUGCUGAAAUUACUGGGCGAGCAAGCCAGCAACAAAGAAGUUGAAGCAAUGGUCAGAGAAGUGGACAACAACGGGGAUGGUACUGUUGACUUUGAGGAGUUUGUCCAAAUGAUGUCGAAGAAGUGAAGACAAACACCUGUGGAUGCUUUAACCCACUUUACUGUCCCCCAUGAUCGUUUUUUUGUUUUUUUUUU